ACCUGCGUAUUUUUCGAUUGGCUGUAGGAAUUUAUUACAAAGGCCGUAACUGGCACUCAAUGUCAAAACCUCACGGGAACUCUCUACAAAUGCGUGAUGUGGCCAAACAUUAUUUCUCUGUCCCUGCUGUUGGUGGUGACUUUAACAUCCGUGAUUGACGAAGGGCUUGCCGUUGAAGAGGGCGCUGCACAAAACCCGGUUGUGUUUUUUGACAUUGAAAUCGCCAGAAAACCUUUAUUUGAAGAAUGGCCUGCGGAGGGGUGUGCAGGGGAUUUAGACAUAAACGGCUGUAUUGAACAAAAAGAAGGUGGGAACGUGCGAUCCCAGGCAUGGAAGAAUAAGUUAAAAGCAAUGCGGAAGGAAAGAAGGACAAAGUGGCUGCAGAGGAUGGCCAAAAUCAGAGAAAUGGUGAAGGAUAGGCAGUCGCAUAAGCAAAAUAGGCCCCAAAAAACAAAGGAUAAGAAAAAAGAGAAAGAUCAGGAGACAGACAAAGGCAAAGAGACACAGCAGCAAAUACAAGAGAAACAGAAGAGGCCAAAAAAAACAAAGGAUAAGAAAAAAGAGAAAGAUAAGGAGACAGACACAGGCAAAGAAACACAGCAGCAAAUACAAGAGAAGCAGAAGAGGCCCCAAAAAACAAAGGAUAAGAAAAAAGGGAAAGAUCAGGAGACAGACAAAGGCAAAAAGACACAGCAGCAAAUACAAGAGAAGCAGAAGAGGCCCCAAAAAACAAAGGAUAAGAAAAAAGAGAAAGAUCAGGAGACAGACAAAGGCAAAGAAACACAGCAGCAAAUACAAGAGAAGCAGAAGAGGCCCAAAAAAACAAAGGAUAAGAAAAAAGAGAAAGAUCAGGAGACAGACAAAGGCAAAGAGACACAGCAGCAAAUACAAGAGAAGCAGAAGAGGCCCCAAAAAACAAAGGAUAAGAAAAAAGAGAAAGAUCAGGAGACAGACAAAGGCAAAGAAACACAGCAGCAAAUACAAGAGAAGCAGAAGAGGCCCCAAAAAACAAAGGAUAAGAAAAAAAAGAAAGAUCAGGAGACAGACAAAGGCAAAGAGACACAGCAGCAAAUACAAGAGAAGCAGAAGAGGCCAAAAAAAACAAAGGAUAAGAAAAAAGAGAAAGAUCAGGAGACAGACAAAGGCAAAGAAACACAGCAGCAAAUACAAGAGAAGCAGAAGAGGCCCAAAAAAACAAAGGAUAAGAAAAAAGAGAAAGAUCAGGAGACAGACAAAGGCAAAGAAACACAGCAGCAAAUACAAGAGAAGCAGAAGAGGCCCAAAAAAACAAAGGAUAAGAAAAAAAAGAAAGAUCAGGAGACAGACAAAGGCAAAGAGACACAGCAGCAAAUACAAGAGAAGCAGAAGAGGCCCAAAAAAACAAAGGAUAAGAAAAAAGAGAAAGAUCAGGAGACAGACAAAGGCAAAGAAACACAGCAGCAAAUACAAGAGAAGCAGAAGAGGCCCAAAAAAACAAAGGAUAAGAAAAAAGAGAAAGAUCAGGAGACAGACAAAGGCAAAGAGACACAGCAGCAAAUACAAGAGAAGCAGAAGAGGCCCCAAAAAACAAAGGAUAAGAAAAAAGAGAAAGAUCAGGAGACAGACAAAGGCAAAGAAACACAGCAGCAAAUACAAGAGAAGCAGAAGAGGCCCCAAAAAACAAAGGAUAAGAAAAAAGAGAAAGGUCAGGAGACAGACAAAGGCAAAGAGACACAGCAGCAAAUACAAGAGAAGCAGAAGAGGCAAAAAAAAACAAAGGAUAAGAAAAAAGAGAAAGAUCAGGAGACAGACAAAGGCAAAGAGACACAGCAGCAAACACAAGAGAAAAAGGAGAAAGAUAAUAUAGAGAAAAAAGAGGAAGAAGUUGAGCUAGAGAAGUUAGAAGGAGAGGAGUGCAAGGGUGCUGCGGAUAGUGAAGCCUGUAUGAAGGAGAUGGCAGAAAUAAAUGAUGGGAAAAAGACAACCUGGGCAUGGAAGAUGUUGCAAGCAAUCCUGAAAGGAAACAAGACAAUAGCGCAAGUUAAGGAGAGCAUAGGCGAGAAAAAGUUGAGCCGGAUGAGGUCAGAAAAGGGUAAAGGGAAAAGGUGGGCGUGGAGGAUAUUACUAUCACUCCUGAAUGGAACGAAAACAAUAUCGCAGGUUAGGAAAUUGAAAGUGCCGUCGGAAAAUGGGGCGGAACGUGCAGAAGAAUGCAAGGGAGCUUCUGACAUUGCUGCUUGUAUGAAGAAGCUUGGAAAAGCUGAUGGUCGGAAAAGGCCAUCCUUUGGAGGUAAAAUUUUACAGGCUAUCCGGAAUAAAAUAAGACCAAGACAAGCAAAUGACCAGGAUGCUACUGCAGAAAGGGGAAGAAAUUAACGAAAAGAAUAUUGUGUGGAGAAUGAAAUAAUGACUUUAAGCUAGGAAAGAAGAUGACACAAAUGCUUUCAGGAUACAUGCGAAUGCUGCCACGAGAAACAAUAUUUUCUUUUUGUUUAUGCAAUGAAAAUUAAGAGAAGCUUGGUAACAAUAAAUGGUCGUGUUGGCAGUAGUGAUCUCAUUCUCAAGUUAAUAAAUGUUAUUGAAGAUGAA